AGAAGACAUACCAACACUUGGCAAACAAAUCCAAGUUGGACAACAUCCCUACAGACGUGAGACAACCUUACCAGGGAGACAACCCCUAACGCAACUUUGAGCAACAACUUGAGACCCUUCAUUUAGAAAAAUGGCCAUAAUCCUGAAGCCCUGGACAGUCCUGGUCGCAGCUGUCCUGUGCGUAUUAAUCUGUCUCGGUACCUUUGUGGACGCGUAUCCUCCCAAACCAGAGAACCCCGGCGAGGACGCGCCACCCGAGGAGCUGGCCAAGUACUACACGGCACUGAGACAUUACAUCAACCUCAUCACAAGGCAAAGGUAUGGCAAGCGGUCGACUCCAGCUGAGGGCGUGAUCUCAGAGCUUCUGUUUGGAGACAGCACGGAGCACAACCAGAGAUCAAGAUACGACGACUCCUACAUGUGGUGACUCCCCCAUCCCAUCGUUCUGUCGACUGAUCUUCACCAUGACGAUGAGUGAAGUCCACCUGUGCCUCACGCUGCAACCUUCCACUGCUGUCCAACAACACAUACCUGUCUGAGAACAUUCGUCCCGGAGUUUUACAACAAAAACCUCUCACUCUGUCUCUCUCUCUUCUCUCUCUCUCUCUCCCUCUCUCUCUCCCUCUCUUGUCCUGCCCUGCCUCCUCCUGUAGUCUUUUCUAUCUCUCUUGGUAUCAUAUUCUUUAAAUAUCUUCAUCCAUUCCAUUUCAUUUCUUUCACAAAGAAAAUUGUACAUAAUUUAUUAUUGAAUAGAGAGUUAAAACAAAUAAUGUAACUGUAUCUGUCAACAUCUCUAUGUCUGACAUGUAAUCUUUUUUGUUUGUACUGUACAAAAUGACUAUAUUGUAUGUGAAUUAAAGUUUAUUGGAUGAGUCGAA